AUGGGUUCAAUCUCCCACCUACCCGCGUAUGGCCACAGGCUUCUUCCUGUGGUCAUCGACGAGAUAGCACGGGACGAGCCUGAUCGCGUGCUUUUCUACACCCCACGAAACGGACAACCCUCGCAGGGGUAUGAUGAAGUCACCACCAAGAUCUUUGCCAACUCUAUCAACCGGCUUUGCGGAUGGCUUGACUCUCAACUUGGAUCGCCAACGGUAUCUAAAACAAUUGCCUACAUUGGUCAAAAUGACCUGAGAUAUUUCAUCAUGAUGAUUGCUUCUACAAAGCUGGGGCAUAGAUUGCUUCUAUCGUCACCACGCAACAGUGUCGAAGGACACGUAUCACUGAUCAAACAGUCUAGCUGCGAAUUCUGGAUUGCUUCAUCUGGUCUGGACCACCACGGAUUCCUCCAAGACCUCCAGAUUCCCAGUGUUGAAGCUCCUGAACUAUCCCAGCUUUUAGAUCCAACACCCGUCAAGCCGUAUAUCUACCAGAAGACCUGGAGUGAAGGAAAGUCGGACGUCCUUGCACUCCUUCACACCUCAGGCUCUACCGGCCUGCCUAAAUUGGUGCCAGUAUAUCUUGAAACUGCUGCGACCGUUGAUGGUUUUCACCUCAUGGAGCCUACGAAUGGGAAGAGACCAACUGGUGUUGAGUGGACUGGCACGAGACAGUUGUGCGCUAUGCCUCUCUUCCACGUCGCUGGAAUAUGUCUCGGUCUCUACUCGGCCGUCUUCUUCAACUGGAUCGUGGUUCUCCCGUCCGUAGGACCGAUCAUGCAACAUGUUAUCGAAGACGCCCUUGACCAUAUUUCGCUCGACUCAGCCUUUAUCUCACCAAGUGUUCUCCAGGAUAUCUCCAAGUCUCCCCGUGUCCUCGAGAAGCUCUCGGAACUAAAGUUUAUCACUUCAGCUGGAGGACCUAUUCCUCAAUCCGUGGGCGACUUGAUCCACCCGCGUGUACCCAUCAUGCAAACCAUGGGCAUGACAGAGGGCCAGUGGCUUGCCUCUGUUGUCACGCAUCCUGAUGAGUGGGCUUACUACUAUUUCCAUCCACGAACAGGUGUUGAGAUGCGUCCUUACUCUGAAGACCUGUCUGAGCUGGUGUUUGUUCAGAACCCGAAGCUUUCCGCGACUCAACCUGUCUUCAAGACGUUUCCUGAACUUGAUAUCUGGGAGACGAAGGACUUGUACUCACGACACCCGAAGCAUCCUGAUCUCUGGAAGUACGAGAUGCGACGUGAUGAUCUGAUCAUCCUCUCCAACGGAGAAAAGUUCAACCCUCUUGCUGCUGAAGGAAAGCUCAUCAGCCAUCCAUGGAUCGCUGCGGCCUACCUCACUGGCCGUGGUCGGUUCCAAACAGCUGCUCUUCUAUACCCUGAUGAGACCAGCCUCGACAAAUCAGACGACACUAUCAUCGACAAUGUCUGGCCAACAUUUGAGGAAGUUAACAAGCAUCUUCCAGCUUUCGCUCAGAUUCAUCGCGACUUUGUCAAGAUCGUUCGCACUCCGUUUCCUCGCACUCCCAAGGGUACACUCGCUCGCAAUGAGACAGAGAAAGCAUUCACUGCCGACAUCAACGCUAUCUACGACAGGUCUACUCAUGGUGACCCUUCUGUUCACAUCAACGGGACAACGGAAGAUGUAGUCCGUUCCGGUAUUCGAGAGGCAAUUGAGACCGUGUCUGGAUUGGUCGACCUCAAGGACGAUGACAACAUCUUCACCAGAGGUUUCGACUCGCUUCAUGUCAUUCGACUAGCCGGACUUCUCAGUUCUGCCUUUGACCAGCCACUUGAAGUAGAACCGGGUACUAUUUACACCAACCCAACAAUCUCUCAGCUUGCUCAUUCUGUUUGGUCCCAUCUCGAACAUGGACCCCAGGACAAGAUCCAUCACAGCCAAGUUACUCGGGAAAUGCUUGCCAAGUACACCCAGGCUUUCGAGCCACCUCGCGAGGCGAAGGAGCACAUCCUUCUCACAGGUACAACUGGAGAGAUUGGUUCGUAUCUGCUCGACGUUCUAUGUAGCAACGACAAGGUCGCCAAGGUUUGGUGCUUGAACCGUAGUGCCGACGCCUUCCAACGCCAAGUAGACUCGGCCAAGUCCAAGGGUCUUUCGUCAAACUGGCAAAGCAAGGCCAAGUUUGUGCGUUAUGAUGUGGCCUCAGAGAACCUCGGCUUGAGUAAGGAUGAUCUUGAGGAGAUCAAGAACGAAGCCACUGCUAUCAUACAUAACGCUUGGGAGGUCAACUUCAAUCUGCCUCUCUCUUCCUUCGAGCCUCAGUUCGUCGGUCUGCAGAGUCUUGUUGACAUGUGCCGAGAAACUCGUCACAAGAUCCGCUUCUUCUUCGUAUCGUCUAUCAGCGCUGCCAUGAACUGGCCAUCUGACCUCUUGGGCCCCGUACCAGAAGCAAGCAUUCCACGAUUUGAUGCACCGAUCAACGGGUAUGGUUCAUCUAAGCUUGUGGCCGAGCAUUUACUCAGUAAGGCUGCGCGAUCUGGUGUCUUGAGUCUCUCAGUUCUACGAGUUGGCCAAGUCGCUGGUCCGGUCAAGACUCUCGGCGAGGGUAGCAUUUGGACUCGACGAGAUUGGGUUCCCGCUAUCAUCGAUGCCUCCGUCUAUCUACGAACUCUGCCAUUAGAUCUUGGCUCUGCAAGCAUUCUAGACUGGAUCCCCAUCGAUCUCCUCACAGAGGUCAUUGGGCAACUCGUGGUUCCCGUGAAUCCAGUCGUGGGACAAGAGAAUUACUACAAUCUACUAAACCCCCGAACACCCAGCUGGAUAGAUACUCUUCCUGGCCUCAAAGCUCAACUUGAGGCUUCUUUCUCAGAGACGUUUGAGAUUAUUCCUCUACAAGAUUGGAUUGGCCGUCUGCGAGGUGCAGAGAAGGCCAUCGUGAAAGAGGUCAGUGAAGGAUCAUCCGAGACUGCGAGAAGGGCUCAAAGUGGUCUCAAGUUGCUGGCCUUCUUUGAGAUGCUGGCCUCAGGGAAUGAAGGAUCUCGGGGUCUUGAGUGGUCUAAGGGAAACACACUGGCACAGAGUUCUAUCUUGGCUUGCAUGGAGUCUGUGUCAUCAGCUUGGUUUGACACUUGGUUGAAACAAUGGGGUUAUUGA